GUUGUGAGGGCCUUGAGGGGGCGUUGUGUGAGAUGACUGUGUCACGUAAUCGGUCGCGGACACCACGCGAGAGGGGGCCUCGGAAAGCCCAGCUGGAAGCGUACGCAUGGCACUUCGACAUGAUCCACGAUGAAGCACGCCUGUCCGCAUUUCAGGGUGCCUUUGCUCGGCUUCCUGAGGAAGCCCUCCAAGGCGUCGCGCUGGAUAUCGGUUGCGGAACUGGGGUUCUGGGCAUGUGCCUCCUGCGACAGAGGCCUGAGCUGUCACGAGUAAUUGCUUUUGAGGCAGACCCUGCGCUUGCACGGGUUGCAGAAGAGAAUGCAGCGAACAACCGCUUGGAAGGUAAGCUUUCUGUACAGGCUGUUCGGUCAACUGCUGUUUCAUCUUUGGCAGAUGCGGUGGACACGGUGGAAGCUACCUCUCCACCACGGGCAAGCCUGCUCGUGGCCGAGAUCUUGGACGCAGGUCUGCUGGGUGAGGACUGUUUGCCGACUCUUCGCCACGCAGCUGGCACUCUUCUGCGCUCGAACUACUUCGCAGUACCCGCAGCUGCUGAUGUUUGCGCGUGUGGGGUGGAGAGUAGCACAUUGAGGUCCUGGCAAUGCGUGCAGGGCAGUUGGUGGGCACCCGAGGUUUUUGCUCGCGAUGCCGGAGAUGCAAAUCCGCAUGAUGUUGUAUUGGGGAGGCUUGUGGAUGCAGGAGAGGCCAGGAUCUUGACCGAAGAGUUCAGCGCAUUGUCCUUUAACUUUGAAUCGCUCCCGCCUGAGUCGGGGAGGUGCGAGGUAAUCACGGCAAAGGCAAGCCAGGCUGGUUGGCUGGACGCCGUGGUGUUCUGGUGGUACUGCCACAUGGUCCGCGCUGACUCCCUGCCCACCAUGACCAAUGCACCCACUGGCGUGCCAAUGAAAACUCGGGCCGAUUCAAUGCCUGCUCGCCCUGAGAUCGGCCACUGGCGCCAGGCUGUCUCCCUGCUUCCCGGGCCACGCCGCUUCGUCCAGGAAGGGGAGGAGCUACGGCUAUCGGUCUUCCACACCGACGAGGAUGUCUGGUUCCGCAUCGCCGAGCAUGUGCCGAAGCCCAUGUCUCUGCCACGGGCCUGCAGCAACCUGUCGUUCUUUCCUUCGCCGCGGCUUUGGGCACUGGCAGAUCGCGAGCGAUGGCACACGCUCAAGCGCGAAGUCUUCAAAGCAGCGCGGGGUCUGCAGCCACAACCCUUGCAAGAGCAUGCAGGAAUUCUCGUGCUCGACCUCUCGGACGGUCCCUUCAUGAGCCUACUGCUUUCUGGGCAGCUCGCGGGCCGUUUCGCUCGCUUGGGAGCGUCUUGA